CGCCCGGAUCGUUUGGGGUUUGGGGGGAGCCCCCGUCCCCCUCUCCUCGCAGCCGUCCCCGCCGGGACUGGAGUGGCGGUCACCUCCGCCUGACCUUCUCCUCCGCGGCCUUGGGCCUGGACAGGAUUCCGUGUCUGCCGUUCCCAGCGGGAGGAGAGGGAAGGCGAAGGGCGGGGGGAGAUUUAGCGGACGGGCGGAGAGACGCCCAGAGACCAGGGAGAGACAGCCGAGAGACCCGGGCCGGACAGAAGGGAGGCGGCGGAGAUAGAGCAGAGACAGAGAGAUAGCGAGAGAUCCAGCGGGCAGAUCUCUCGGCCGCCGCUCGGCAAGACAGCCGCUCCGGCCCCUCGGACUUUUUCCACUGGAAAUUUGGGGAACAUCUAACCCGGCCCGAGGCCCCGGACGGCGGCAAUGACGCUGCAGCCGCGGCGGCGAGUCUCUCUGGCAGUUUUUCUGUCCUUGCUCUUGCAGGCUGGAAUUUCCUCGGGAAUUAAAUGGCUGGCCCUAUCCAAGACACCCUCGGCCCUGGCCCUGAACCAGACGCAGCACUGCAAGCAGCUGGAGGGGCUGGUGGCCUCGCAGGUGCAGCUGUGCCGGAGCAACCUGGAGCUGAUGCACACUGUGGUCCAGGCGGCGCGGGAGGUGGUCAAGACGUGCCGGAAAACCUUCUCCGACAUGCGCUGGAAUUGCUCGUCCAUCGAGCGGGCCCCCAACUACCUGCUCGACCUGGAGAGAGGGACGCGGGAGUCGGCCUUCGUGUACGCUCUGUCCGCCGCCGCCAUCAGCCACACCAUCGCCAGAGCGUGCACCACCGGGGACCUGCCGGGCUGUUCCUGCGGCCCGGUCCCAGGUGAGAGCCCUGGGCCUGGGUACCGCUGGGGAGGCUGCGCCGACAACCUCUACUACGGCCUCCUCAUGGGGUCCAAAUUUUCGGACGCUCCCAUGAAGGUGAAAAAGUCAGGAGGCCAGACCAAUAAAUUGAUGCAUCUCCACAACAGUGAAGUAGGGAGACAGGCCCUGAAAGCGUCUCUGGAGAUGAAGUGUAAAUGCCACGGGGUCUCUGGCUCCUGCUCUAUCAGGACCUGCUGGCGGGGCCUCCAGGAGCUGAGGGACAUCGCUCUGGACCUCAAGACCAGGUACCUGUCGGCCACCAAGGUGGUGCACCGGCCCAUGGGCACCCACAAGCACCUGGUGCCCAAGGACAUCGACGUGCGACCGGUUCGGGACACGGAACUCAUCUACCUGCAGAGCUCACCUGACUUCUGCAUGAAGAAUGAGAAGGUGGGCUCCCACGGCACGCAGGACAGGCAGUGUAACAAGACUUCCAACGGCAGCGACAGCUGCGACCUCAUGUGCUGCGGCCGAGGGUACAACCCGUACAUGGACAAGGUGGUGGAGCGCUGUCACUGCAAGUACCAUUGGUGCUGUUACGUCACCUGCAAGAAAUGCGAGCGGGUGGUGGAGCGCUACGUGUGCAAGUGAGCCCCCCGCGCCUCGCGGGCCGCCGGCGUCCCGAAGCGCUAUCUGUCCCCGAGGGACUCUCCCCAGACCGUCUCUCCGCCGCGCCUCGCCGGCACGCGGACGCCAAUGCAAUAAAAAGAAAAAAAUGAGAUAAUAGAGAAAGCUGAGGAGGCCUGGGAAAGAAAGGACGAAAAAGGAAGCCCAGACACACAAACGCAUCCGCGCGUGGGUGCCGCACACACUCACCUAUGCACCCAUACAUAGACACACACACACACACACACGUGUACACACAUUUUGAUACACACGUGCGCCCACACACUCAAAUAUACAUCCAUGUGUACACACUCAGAGACACCCUCAUGCACACAUCCAUUUCAUUCAUUCAUUCAGUCGUAUUUAUAGAGCGCUUACUGUGUGCACAGCACUGUACUAAACGCUUAGAAAGUACAGUACAGCAAUAGAGAGAGACAAUCCCUGCCUACAUCAGGCUUACAGUCUAGAGAUGGGGAUUUAGAUACAUACUCGGGAGCACGCACACACACACAGAUACACAUCCCCAUGCGUGGGGUCCACGUUUAAAAAUUUUUGGAGCGGAUGGUCCUAGAGGGGGCAUCGGAUCAGCUCUCGUCUCCCCAGGAUCCUGCGGACUUUUCUUUCGGAGACCCAGGAUCCAACUUGGCUGCCUGGGCCAAAGCGGAACCCCAGACUGGCUCCGGACACCCUAGGGGAUCCCGGCGACCGAAGGGAGGUUCGAAGCCUCGUGGGCUGGACCCAGGCACGGGCCGCAGGGCCAUCCACUUGGGACCACCGAGGCAGAGCAGGGUGGGCACCAGACCCAACCUCCAGAAACGCCUCUCCUCACCCUCCCGCGAGCAGAAUCCCAACUCCCCAGGCCGGCGAGCCCAAGCCAGCCUCCGGCCUCCCUCGCGCCGCACGCAGAAAAGCCUAACUGUGGGUGUAAUGAUUCUUCUCUGGGUUGCGGAACCUUCGCCAUAUUUAUGAACCCAUCUUGCGGUCUCUUUUCCUCUCCCUUUGAUAUAUAUAUAUUAUAUAUAUAAAUAUAUGAUCUAUAUUUGAAAUGAGCUUUGCACAGUGAUUCGGAAUAAAUGUCGGAACGGUGCCGCCGCUACCGGG